AUGCAAUUUUUCAUUCCUUUCCUUCUAGGCCUGAGCUGGCUCGCUAAUGCUGCCUACAUUCCUGCCCUGAGCACCAACACCACUGAGCUUGUCACUCGUGAUGCUGGCGGGUUCCGCUCUGUGGCUUACUAUGUGAACUGGGCCAUUUACGGUCGCAAUUUCCAACCCCAGGACCUUCCCGCUGAGCGACUGACCCAUGUACUUUACGCAUUUGCCAACGUUCGCUCUGGUACAGGCGAGGUCUACCUGUCGGAUACCUGGGCGGAUACUGACAAGCAUUAUCCUACUGAUUCUUGGAAUGAUUCCGGAAACAAUGUCUAUGGCUGUAUCAAGCAGCUUUUCUUACUCAAGCAGAGAAACCCUAAGCUUAAGGUUCUUCUGUCUAUUGGAGGCUGGACCUAUUCCCCUAACUUUGCCACUGCUUUUGAUACCGAGGCUGGACGGCAGAAGUUUGCAGACUCUGCUACAGAGCUGUUGAAGAAUCUCGGCUUUGAUGGUAUUGAUGUUGAUUAUGAGUACCCUGCCAAUGACGACCAGGCGGACAAAUUAGUCGAUGCACUUCGACGACUUCGUGAGGCUUUGGACAAAUACAGCUCGGCCAACGCCGGAAACUACCACUUUUUACUUACUGUCGCAUCCCCCGCUGGCCCAAGCCACUACCGCCAAGAGCACCUGACUCAGAUGGACAAGUACCUUGAUUUCUGGAAUCUCAUGGCCUACGAUUACUCCGGCAGCUGGGAAACGGUGGCCGGCCACAGCGCCAACCUCCACGCCUCGACCGAUAACCCAUCUAGCACCCCAUUUAACACGGACCAAGCAAUCGACUACUACACCUCCCAAGGCGUACCCGCUGACAGGAUCGUGCUUGGCAUGCCACUGUACGGCCGAGCAUUCACCAACACCGACGGCCCGGGAAAGCCUUACAACGGCGUUGGAUCAGGCACAUGGGAGAACGGCGUGUGGGACUACAAGGGCCUGCCACUGACAGGCUGUGUCGUGACAGUCUUGGACCAACCCGGUGCAAGCUACUGCUACGACAAAGGCAAUCGACUGCUUGUCAGCUACGAUACUCCCGAGAUUGCGCGCCAGAAGGCGCAGUACAUCCAGUCCCGUGGACUUGGCGGUGGAAUGUGGUGGGAGAGCAGCUCUGACAAGGCUGGCGGGGACAGUUUGAUUACAAUUGUUGUUGAUACACUUGGAGGCGUUGGGGCUUUGGAGAAGACCGGCAAUCAGCUGCACUACCCUGCCUCCAAGUACGAUAACUUGAAGAACGGAUUCCCGUAA